UAUAACUGCUAGAAGGAAUACACACACUCUUUUGCUACGGUGUCAGAUUGGUUUGAUACAUUUAAAAGUUAUUUUCUCUAAAAGGAAUAAGCUGUAAAAGAAAUGAAAGCGUGGCGAGAUCUGUUUCUUUACUUUCUGGUGUUGAACGUAGCUGUGCAGUAUGUGACGUCUUUGGAAGAAGAGCUCACCGAUUCUAUUUUUGGUAACUUCCUCGACCCUCUGAAAAACCUGUUUGACCAUAAGGAUGAAGGCAAUCAAACUGUUGCCAAGUUCUCCCUCCGCAAGCCGUCCCAUCCUGAUGAUGACCUGUGCUACAUCAUUCCUGGCAAGCCUGAUUCCCUGGCAGCCUGCACUUUCAACACCACCUCUAAAACCUUCCUAGUAAUCCAUGGCUGGACACUGAGCGGUAUGUUUGAAAGCUGGGUGGCCAAACUGGUAUCAGCGCUAUAUGAGAGAGAGCAGACAGCCAACGUCAUUGUGGUGGACUGGCUCAACUCAGCCCAGAACCACUAUGUGGUCGCAGCCCAGAACACCAAGGCAGUGGGACAGGAAAUCGCUCGCUUCAUUGACUGGAUUGAGGAAACCACCAACAUGCCUCUUGAUAACAUCCAUCUGAUUGGCUACAGCCUUGGAGCUCACGUGGCGGGAUUCGCUGGCAGCCAUGCAACCAAUAAAGUUGGACGAAUAACAGGUCUGGACCCAGCUGGUCCAGACUUUGAGGGUGAGCACGCCCACAGGCGCCUUUCCCCAGACGAUGCUCACUUUGUGGACGUCCUCCACACCUUCACGCGGGGCUCCUUGGGUCUCAGCAUUGGGAUCCAGCAGCCUGUAGGCCACGUAGACAUUUACCCCAAUGGAGGCAGCUUCCAGCCGGGCUGCAACCUCAGGGGGGCCCUGGAGAAGAUCGCCAACCUUGGGAUAUUUGCCAUUACUGAUGCAGUAAAGUGUGAACACGAGCGUUCGAUCCACUUGUUCAUUGACUCUCUGCUGAACGAGCAGGAAGCCGUGAAGGCGUACCGGUGCGGCAGCAAUGACAUGUUUGACCGGGGCAUGUGCCUCAGCUGCCGCAAAAGCCGCUGCAAUACGGUGGGCUAUGACAUCAGCAAGGUCCGCAAGGCGCGCAACGUUCAGAUGUACACCAAGACACGAGCCUCCAUGCCUUUCAGAGUGUACCAUUAUCAGCUGAAGAUCCACUUCUCCAGCAAGGUGAACCAUUCCGAGAUGGAGCCCUCACUGACCGUCUCACUGUACGGGACCAAAGGAGAGGCUGAAAACCUGGAGCUUAAACUAAAGGAGAAAAUAGCAACAAAUAAGACACAUUCAUUCCUGCUGGUGACGGAGAAGGAUAUCGGGGAGCUCUUGAUGUUGAAGUUUAAAUGGGAGGAGACAAAGGACUGGUCGGCCUCCAACAUGUUGAAGAUGGUUUCUUCUUGGUGGUCCGGGGACUCAGACAAUGCUAACAUGGAGGUUCACAAAAUCCGCAUCCGAGCUGGCGAGACCCAGAAAAAGGUGUUGUUCUGCGUAAAAGACCCUGAUACUCAGAAUUUGACACAGGAGGUCACAUUUGUUAAAUGUAAGGCUGCAUGGAAGACCACUGCAAAACAACCCCCAAAAAGAGUACCUCUGGAGGACCACUGACGUUGAGGAAAAGACCCCAACAGUUUAACUCCUGUCUGUCCAUUUCAGCACUUCAACACAGCACUAAUUUAUACACCUGUAACUUAUUUUAUUUCUCAAAUUACAAAAAAACCCUUCACCACCUUGUAUGUAUAUGUGAAGUAUGUGUUUUAUUUAAAGCAAUACGUAUGUAAAUUACUGUAUAUUUUGUAAAGAGUUAUUUUUACUACAUGUAACUGUAACUUCAUUGUUGUACAAAAUGAAAGUAAAUUCUUUAGUGUCCAAACAGUUGGAUAACACUCAAAGUUGUAAUACUGAGAGGAUAUAACGUAAUAGUUCUGGAGAUAGUGAUGUCAGAUUGUGUAAAAAUGUCAUAUUUAUAACAACCACUGUGAAAAAUAAUGUACUCUGUGUGUCCAUGGUGUCCUGUACACUGUUGUUACCAUGCCACUUCUCAAAGAGAGGUGGAUUUUACAUAUUAAGCUCUUCUAUGCAAUAGGGGGCAGUUUAUUAAACUUUAUGCACAGUAUUAUCUGACUAAUGCUUAACCUAACAGAGCAUUCACCACUGUGGCUCUCAGCACAACAACAUGUGACUAUGGGACUUGUAUCAGUGUGCCUUACUGUAAACAUUCGCCAGCAGCAAGCUGUCAUAAAUCAAACCUUUGUUGCUGUUUUCCACCUGAGCGUGCUUUAUUAUUAGAACUUAUAAGAACUUUUGCAACUUUUACUGAAACACAUGCAAGAGCUGCUGCACCUCUGCAUCUUUACAACUAUGCCUCUGCAUGAUGACGUAUUACUUUGAAGCUGUUACCUCAAACUCAAAGUGCCUGACAUUUUGUAUACCAUGGUUCUAGUGAUAAAAGUGAAUAAGGUAUACAAUGCUAAAUUAAUGUCAAUGUUGCUACUGUAUUGUGAAACUGAUUUUGUCUGUGCAUGUGACUUUAAAUCUCAAUUAAUGGUCUACUAUUCAUGAUUAAAUUUCCAUUUCUGUGGGCAAUAUCUAAACCUCGGCUCUUUAGAGAUCGGUACUGUAAUCAUUGUGAAAUUCCACCUUAAAUAAAAGUGGAGAUGCUUUACUUUUGCACUGAAGAGAGGGGACGAGAUUGCUAAAUGUUAAAGUUACUUGUAAAGUUGUUUUAUUGUAAAUACCAUAAUGCAUAUGAUAAUAGAUUUUGUAGUAUGGAACACAUUUUCUUGUUUCUAUAUUUUUACUUCUGGAUUGAUUAAAUCUGUAAACUGCAUUUUCUAUAAUCCUUUGUACAUAUUUGUAAAUAAUGUCACUGUACUGUGUCAAUUCUUUAAUAAACCAAACCUGCC